AUGACAAACUUUUUAUUUAGGUACAUCUCCUUCUUCCUUGAGAAAAAUGAUCUCACCAAGGCACGAGCAACAGCAGAGCGAGCACUAACCGUCAUAAAUUAUAGAGAAGAAGAAGAAAUCUUCAACCUCUGGAUUGCUUACCUCAACAUGGAAGUGGCUUACGGCGAUGAAGACACUACUAAGAGUGUAUUCCAACGAGCUUGUGGCAAUGCAGACUCGCUCAAAGUGCACAAACAGAUGGCUGCAAUCUACGCGGAAGCCGGGAAGACUGACGAAGCCGACGAAAUUUAUGAAGCAAUGAUAAAGAAGUUCCGAGCAGAUUCCGAUGAUGUAUGGACUCUGUAUGGCGACCAUCUCAUCUCCACGGAUAGGGCAGAGAAAGCACGCGAUCUCAUGAAAAGAGCACUCACCAGUGUUCCUAAACAACGACAUGUUCCUCUUAUUAGCCGAUUUGCUCAAAUGGAGUUCCGGAAAGGAGAUUAUGAAAGGGGGCGAACUCUCUUCGAAAACUUGGUCACUGCAUACCCAAAGAAGACCGACAUUUGGAUAGUUUACGCAGACCUGUGCUUGAAGCACUUAGGAAUCGAAACAGCUAGACAAGUUCUGGAGCGAGCUUGUGCACUUCCACUAAGUGUGCAUAAAAUACGACCUCUCUUUCGUAAAUGGAUGGAGGCGGAGCGGAAAUACGGCGACGAUGAAUCGCGGCUGCUGCUUCGGGAGAAAGCCGAAAAGUUCCUUGAAUCAAGUAUUCUUGACAUGGAGGAGUUGGAAAAAGAUUGA